GUGUGUGCGGGGUUUGACGCGGAAAUACUCUGAGUGAUCGCGUGUUUUCUCACAGACUGGUUUAUUGUGGCUGAACAGUCAGGAGCUGGUUGUCUGUCUGCUGCUGAUGUUUUGCAGAUUCGUCCUCUCCUCGUUAUGUUACCGUCUCAAUUUAUGUCCUGAAUAUUUGGAUACGAGACCUUAAAAAAUAAAAAAUGGACCCACAGGAGGAUCCACAGCAAGCAGAUAACAGCGCUGCAGCUGAAUCAACAGAUCCUCCCCCGAGGAUGACAAGACAGCAGAUUCUCACCUUAAUAUCAAUGGCAUCUGUCAACUUCAGUUCAAUGAUCUGCUACUCAAUAUUAGGCCCAUUUUUCCCCGAUGAGGCAGUGAAGAAGGGAGCCAGUCAGACUGUCAUUGGUCUCAUAUUUGGCUGCUACGCUGUCUGCAAUUUAAUUGGUUCAUUGAUACUGGGAAAAUAUAUUGUCCAAAUCGGUGCAAAGUUGAUGCUUGUUACAGGGCUUUUUGUCUCAUCAGGCUGCACCAUUCUGUUUGGACUACUCAAUCGGGUUCCUGCAGGACCCGCUUUUAUUAGUCUUUGCUUUGUAGUGAGGUCCAUCGACGCGGUGGGCUUUGCUGCUGCGAUGACCUCCUCUUUUGCCAUGACAGCAAAAAUAUUCCCAAACAAUGUGGCAACUGUUUUGGGUAGUCUGGAGAUUUUCACAGGACUUGGUCUUAUUCUGGGGCCCCCGGUGGGAGGGUGGUUCUACCAGUCAUUUGGAUAUGAAGUCCCUUUUAUGCUUCUUGGAUGUUUUCUGUUGAUUAUGGUUCCUUUCAACAUAUACGUCUUGCCAAAAAUUGACGCAGAUCCCUCGAAGGAUUCAUUUAUUCGACUUCUCACCAAAGUGAAAAUAGUCCUGAUCUGCUAUGUGAUAUUCACUCUUAGUGCAGGUCUGGGCUUCUUGGAUGCCACGUUGUCCCUGUUUGCUAUUAACACGUUUGGUCUCUCGACUGGCUACGUGGGACUCAUCAUGCUUGGUUUGUCGUUACCAUACUGUCUGGCAUCACCGCUGAUCGGGUAUUUUACUGAUAAAUAUCCUGCCACCAGGAGUUGGUUCAUGGUGACAGGCGGUACUGCCACAGCACUUGGCUUCUGUCUGCUGGGUCCUGUCCCUUUCCUUCACAUUCCGAGUCAGCUGUGGUUGCUGAUCAUCAUGCUUGGUGUAAUUGGGUUUUCUCUUGGCAUGACUGCAAUCCCCACGUUCCCUGAGAUCAUCACAUGUGCAUAUGAACAAGGGUAUGAAGAGGGACUAAGCACUCUUGGAAUGGUGUCUGGGCUGUUUGGGGCAGUUUGGUCCCUGGGGAUGUUUUAUGGCCCAGUAGUGGGGGGCCUUAUCACACAACAUCUGAGCUUUGAGUGGGCUGCUGCUAUUCAAGGAGGCUUGGCGUUUUUUGCUGCCUUUCUCCUCGGUGUGCACUAUCUCUUUCAACGCCCGCAACAACAAAGCGUUCGAGAAGAUAGUCGACCAACAGAUGAAAGCACUCAUCUCCUGACAGAAUGAACCCCUCAGCAACAAGUGGAAGGACGCCAUAUUGAACAAAACAUAUUCUCAAAGUUUCAGCUACUUUAGAGAAACAGCCUAAAAUAAUUAUUAAUUGCUUUUUAACGUUUUAAAUUAUACAUUUUUUAUGUUCUAAUGAUUUUUACUUGGGUCGUGGAAACAUUUUUUGCAAAUUUCCAUGUAAUAGUAUUGCUAUAUUUUUAUGAAAUGUUUUAAAAGUGUGUUUGUAGUAGGUGCUGCCCAACACCUUAAGAACAACAGUACAGCUGUAAUUAAUUAAGUUGGUACACUAAGACUUAAAUUUAAUUCUGUGCAGUAACUACAUGCUGCACUAUUGAUGAAUGUAACAUGAAUGAAUCUAGUGUAACACUGGAAAUCACAGAGCAUUCAAAUUCCAGAUCACAAACUAAAUGUGCCUUUUGUUCUGUUGUAUUAAUAAUCGUAUUUUUCUACAUCACAUGAGUUGGAUUUCAUGUUGACGUGACACAAGUCAAAAGCUGCUGACCACAUUUGUAAUAAUAUGAAGGAAAAAACAUGUUAAGUGUAAUGCAGGCCAUAGUGUAUCUCUUAGAAAAUAUGGUACAAUUAUGUAACUGGGUGCAUUGUCAUAUUUCACUGAUUUUGUAUGUUGUGCCUUCUUUUCUGACAGAACAAUUGUAAUAUUUUUGCACUGAUUUGAAUAAAAACAAUAAAUGUGUAAAUGAAAA